AUGGGGGAUUCUGAGAAUGUCCUUCCACCUUCAAAGAAGAGAGCUGCAGGUAGAGAGAUAUCGAAGGAAGACCCUGGCCUUGAUGAUGAUGAAGAUUUGUCUGAAAUGGAGGCUGGAACUUUCAAGAAGGCAAGUGAUGAGGUGCUGGCCACCAGAAGAAUCGUGAAAGUUCGCCGCAGUCAAUCGACGGUAGCCCCAAAACUCCCCGCAUCUAAUCCAUUUGCUGGAAUUCGUUUGGUUCCACCAAGUGAUCCAACUCCAGCCCCUCAAUCAGUAGCAACUGUGGAAGUAACUUCCAAUGAGAAAGUUGAGAAUGACAUUAAACAUGGUGCUUGUGAUGUAACCAAGGAAGAGAAAGAUGCUUCUAAUGGGAAGCAAGUAGAAAGCAGUGCAAGUGUGUCGGUGGUUGAGUCUGCAGGUGACAAGGAGAGCACUGACAAUAAUAUUACAACUGAGACUGUUGGUGAAGUGGCUGAGAAACCAUUAGAAGAUAAAACUGAGAGUGAUAAGAUGGGCGAAGCCAUUAAAUCUGCAGAAGAAAAGGCUGAAGGGGGUGGUGGAACUCAAGACAAAGGCAAGGAUGUCACCGAGACUGAUAAAGCUGAAGAUGUUGAAGGGAAGGAAACAUCAAGGGAUAGUAAAGCUGAGAAUGAUGAAAAGAAUGACAAGAGUAGUGAAAGUGCAGACCCUAGUGGUGAAGGUACCGCCCUGAGUUCAUUUCAGCAGCUUUCAAGUAGCAAAAACGCUUUCACUGGCCUAGCUGGAACAGGAUUUUCCAGCUCGUCGUCGUUCUCCUUUGGCUCAAUCCCAAAAGACGGGUCUCCAUUUGCUAGUGGUGCUGGUUCCUUAUUUGGGCAGAAAAGUGACCAGCCUUCUUUUGGGUUUGGCCUCCCUACAAAUGGAAAUUCAUCAGUCUUUAACUCUUCAGGCUCUUCUUCUGUUGCCACCAAGAGUGAAGGAAGCAGCUUCCCAUCUAUGCCGGAGGUUCCAGUCGAGACUGGAGAAGAGAACGAAAGGGCAGUUUUCUCUGCCGAUUCUGUGUUGUUUGAGUUCCUUGAUGGUUCUUGGAAGGAGCGGGGGAAAGGAGAAGUGAAGGUGAAUGUCCCUACCAGUGGAACAGAGAAAGCUAGGCUUCUGAUGAGGUCUAAGGGUAACUUGAGGCUGAUCUUGAAUGCUAAUCUUUUCUCUGAUAUGAAGCUCGCGAACAUGGAAAAGCGAGGCAUCACUUUUGCUUGCAUCAAUAGCAUUGGGGAAGGUAAGGAGGCGCUUUCAACCUUUGCCCUGAAGUUCAAGGACGGUUCUAUUGUUGAAGAUUUUCGUGCAGCUGUCACACAACACAAAGAUCACAACGACCCCUCGGCAGUUCUGAAGACACCAGAGAACUCACCCUAG